CACAUUGGAAAAGAGAUAAAAAGGAUAUGUGCAUUUAAAAAACAUUUAAAAGCUUAGCCGCCGCUUUGUCAGCAGCAGCACUACAAAUAGUAGAGCAGGGAGGAGAUGUGAACGGCCAUAAUCAGAGAUCCAGUUUUUGAGCGAAACAACGACUUCUAUAGCAUAUAAUCUUCGUCUGUCUUAUCCCAUAUAUCAUUCGCAUAUUUGUGGACUCCAUAAGGCAAGCUUUCUUUUGGACAUUGAGAAUGGGAAGUAACUGUGAAACAAAAUAUGCGGCUUACACCUACGAGAAUCUUGAGAGGGAGCCCUACUGGCCUUCGGAGAACCUCCGAAUUUCAAUUACUGGAGCUGGUGGAUUUAUUGCAUCACAUAUUGCCAGGCGUUUGAAGAGUGAGGGCCAUUACAUCAUAGCUUCUGACUGGAAGAAAAAUGAGCACAUGACAGAAGACAUGUUCUGUGAUGAAUUCCACCUCGUUGAUCUCAGGGUUAUGGACAACUGUCUUAAAGUCACUAAAGGAGUUGAUCAUGUCUUCAAUCUAGCUGCAGAUAUGGGAGGCAUGGGCUUCAUACAAUCCAACCACUCAGUCAUCAUGUAUAACAACACAAUGAUCAGUUUUAAUAUGAUUGAAGCCGCAAGGAUCAAUGGGGUCAGAAGGUUCUUUUAUGCAUCCAGUGCUUGCAUCUAUCCUGAAUUCAAACAAUUGGACACUAAUGUCAGCCUGAAAGAGUCUGAUGCUUGGCCAGCUGAGCCCCAAGACGCUUAUGGCUUAGAGAAGUUGGCAACUGAAGAAAUUUGUAAGCACUACAACAAGGACUUUGGAAUUGAGUGCCGGAUUGGAAGGUUCCAUAACAUUUAUGGUCCAUUUGGGACAUGGAAAGGUGGGAGGGAAAAAGCACCAGCUGCAUUUUGUAGGAAGGCCAUUACCUCCACUGACAAGUUUGAGAUGUGGGGAGAUGGGCUACAAACUCGAUCUUUUACCUUCAUUGAUGAAUGUGUUGAAGGUGUUUUGAGGUUGACGAAAUCAGAUUUCCGAGAGCCGGUAAAUAUUGGAAGUGAUGAGAUGGUGAGCAUGAAUGAGAUGGCUGCGAUGGUACUGAGUUUUGAGGAAAAGAAGCUUCCCAUCUAUCACAUUCCUGGGCCGGAGGGUGUUCGUGGUCGAAACUCAGACAACACUCUCAUUAAAGAAAAGCUUGGUUGGGCCCCUACUAUGAAAUUGAAGACCUUCUAAAUUCUAUAGGAUGGGCUCAGAAUUACAUAUUUCUGGAUCAAGGAACAAAUUGAGAAAGAAAAAGCUCAGGGCACUGAUGUGGCCAUUUACGGGUCAUCAAAAGUGGUGGGAACACAAGCUCCCGUUGAACUGGGAUCUCUUCGCGCUGCUGAUGGCAAAGAAUGAAAUCAAUGAGAACCAGCUUGUUUUUCACAGUUUCAGUUUAACGAUGAUGCAGCUUUUAGACAUUGUGCCACCAUAUUUCCCUCGAUUGAAUUGUUUAAACACUAGUGUCAUUUUCAAUCUUCAAGCCCCUACUUGCAUUUUAAUCUUGUUGGCACUUAAUCCUGAACAAACUGUUGAUGCCCGCAUUUUUUCCAUCUUUAAGCCACUUUGUAACCAGGGCUUCUGCAGAGGAAGAAAUGAAAUCAUAAUGAGGCCAGUGCACUAAACUGAAUGACCAGUUUUUCUGUGUC